AUGCCUUGUGGAGGAGGAGGAGCAGGAGGGCCUGGUGGAGGAGGAGGGACUGGAGGGACUUGGAGCAUUUCUUCAAAGUAUAAAAGCUACCCAGUGAAGAUCAGUGUGAACAACAAACCAGAUGGGCCAGUCUACCGCCCAAGCACCAAGCCCAUCUCCCUCCCAGAGGGCAAAGGACAACUUUCCAUCCCCAAGGUCAUUGGCACCUUUCCUGCCACGGAUGGAGAUACAGGAGAACAGGCCCAGGAUGUCAGGUAUGCAAAAGGUUAUGACCCUGGAAACUGGUUCACCAUUGAUGAGGAGACAGCUGAAAUCACACUCAAUAAGAUGCCAGACCGGGAGUCUCCGUAUGUGGUGAAUGGGACCUACCUGGCCAAGAUUCUCUGUAUGACAAAUGGCAUGCCCACCCAGACAGCCACGGGGACCAUUGCAGUGCAUGUGGAGGACACUAAUGACAACUGCCCCACGCUCACCAGCCACGUGCAGUACCUGUGCAGUGACACUAAGGUGGUGAAUGUGACAGCAGAGGAUUUGGAUGGAGACCCUAACGGUCCGCCGCUUGAGUUCACGCUGCUGGAUGAGGGUGUGGGGGUGAAGUGGAGGCUUCAGCAGACCGGAGAUGCUUCAGCAGCGCUGUGGGCUGAAGAUGGUCUUUGGCCUGGCCUCUAUGAGGUCACGUUUGAGAUACGAGACCAGCAGGGGUUGGCCUGUCCUGACAGACAGGUCCUCAAAUUGGAGGUGUGCACCUGCCAAGGGGGCUUGACUUCCUGUGCUCCGGAAGAGGUGCAGUCAGGGGUUACAACCAGCAAGAAGUCAUCCCAACUGGGAGGAGCCGCAGUGGGAGGGAUGCUGUUAGGCCUCCUUGCACUCCUGUUGGUCCCACUGAUGGCUUUGUUCUGCUCCUGUGGAGGAGCCAGUGGGCUUGCAGGAGGCUUCACUGACCUGCCCUUCGACGCCAAGGCUCAUCUAAUCUCCUAUCACACCGAAGGAAAGGGAGAGGACCGGGAGGUUCCUCUGAUGAGUGUUCCGGUACUAAUCUCCAAAGUAAUUCCAGUUACUGCUUCCGCAAACAUGGCUACCACCACCAUGGUGAGCAGGCAGAUGCAGGAGAAUGCAUUCAUGGGCUUUUAUGACUAUGAUGAGCCAGAUAUGGGGGACAUGGACUCCAGUGCCCAUUGGGAUUAUACUUCAGAUCUGCCAGAGAUGAGAGAGGAGGAUCAGCUCUCAUUCAUGGCACUACCAGACACAUUUCUGGACCAUUACUUCUCACAGAAAGCAGAGCACACAGCAGUGACUUCUUGUCCGAAGGACAAUCUGUUGGUGUAUGAAUGCGAGGGACGGGGAUCCCCCGCUAACUCUGUGGGCUGCUGCAGCCUCCUAGAGUCUGCGGAUGACCUCCAGUUUCUCGACGACUUGGGGUCAAAGUUCGCCACCCUCGCCCAGAUCUGUGGAUACUCCAAAGUCACAAGCCCAAGAAUGGACCAUCAGAUCACACCUCCCAUGUCAGAAAUGGACACCAGAAUCAUCAUGACAACCGAUGUUAAAAAACAGACAAGGGAGUCCAGGUCCUCAAAAAUCAGCAACCACGAGGCACCACCUGUGCGCAUGGAGAGGAGCGUCAGCUUUGUGGAGGAACACAGCCCACCCCCACUUCCCAGGAUGCAACUGUGCGAGACCAUGGCCAUGCCCACCCAGACUGUGUUGGUGCAGCAGCAGCCCCUGUACUACAUGGUUGAGCCGCAGGUUCAGAGCAGAGUGCUGCUGGCCGAGAGGCCCCCAGUGGGUCUGGGUCAGGGAGUGAUCCUGGUGAACGGGAGCCAGACAGCCACAGAGAGGGUGCUGCUGCAGGGAGGAGGUCUAGUACAGGGAGGAGGUCUAGUGCAGGGAGGAGGUCUAAUGCAGGGGGGAGGGCUGCUGCAGGGAGGAGGUCUAAUGCAGGGAGGAGGUCUAGUGCAGGGAGGAGGUCUAAUGCAGGGGGGAGGUCUAAUGCAGGGGGGAGGUCUAAUGCAGGGAGGAGGUCUAAUGCAGGGAGGAGGUCUAGUGCAGGGAGGAGGUCUAAUGCAGGGAGGAGGUCUAGUGCAGGGGGGAGGUCUAGUGCAGGGGGGAGGUCUAGUGCUGCAGCAGGGCGGGCAUGUUCAAGGGGCUCAGGGGAUGCUAAUACAAAAUGGUCAACAUGUUCCUGGAUCUCUGGAGUCUCCAGGCCUGUUCCUGGUGAGCAGCGGCCAGGCAGCCACCGGGGGGUUGGUCCAUCAAGGAGACGGGCUGGUACAGGGAGGGCAGAUGGUAGAGGUGCAGGGGGAUCAGCAGCACAGUCCUGGAUCUCUGACCAUGUUUCUGAUGAACGAAGGACCGACACUUGGGCCCGGAUCCCCUCUCACCAGCCAGCCUCUGCAUGCAGCCAACACGUGCGGCUCUCCAGUGCUGCUUGUGGACGGAGGCAUGAGGCAGGGAGGGGAAAUCCAGCUAGACACCAUGCAGCGAGGUUCUACUAAGGCUCAGGUUGUGCAUGGGUCUCAAUUUUUUGUGGAAGCACAGACCUUACCCAGAGGUCCGAUUCUGCAGGGGGAUGGGCACAUCCAAAGAGAACCCCGGAGAGGGUCCAGUAGCGGUAGAGUGUGUGUGGGUGGCCCAAUGCCCGCUCAAAGGGUUAUGCUUGAUCAGGGGCCAACUGGCACUGGGCAGGUGUCCACAGGGCAGAAGGGCCUGCAGCAGCUUGAGGUUUUUCCCCAGGGUGGAGUACAGGGAGUUGGAGGGAGUAAGGAGUGUGCUGCAACAAGCUCAUACCUGGAGUGA